UUUCUUUCACACACAGUGACACACCCGCUCUCUUAAUUUUUCCUUUUCCCUUCUGUAAACUUGGCAUCUUAUCUGUUCCUAUUGCCAUGAGCUCGAACCUGUGCCAACAGAGCCAGGCUCAUCGACUUUACAGCCUGUAUUUGCACUACGACGCUUCACAUACGGCUAAACAUGAUGAUCCAGAGUGCAAGGCAGUGCUACAGCAUUGCUUUUCGUUGUUCGAGAAAGAUUAUGUUGUUGGUACCGUCGCAAAUCAUGGCGGACAGCUUUGUUCAUCCUAUCCUUCGGAGAUCGCCAUUCUAGAGAAGCAACGGGUCCAUUCAACCACACAACAGGUGCCACAGACGCACAAAAAGGAUCAAGCUGGAGAUUUGAUAAAGAGCACACAGACAGACCAGUCUAGGCACUCAGAUCACGCACAGUUGUCAAAAAAUUCAGAGUCUCUCACCAAGAAUACCAGUGUUCAGUCUGCAUCAUCUCAUAUAUCGCCAUCGCAUAGCAUAGUUCCUCAAAGUACUUCAGAUACAUUCUCGAAUAUAUCACCAAUGUUGUUAUCGCAAAGAUCAGGUGCUAAUGGCAUUAGUAUCAAUAGUAGUGGUAACCACAAUGAUGACUAUACCCAGCGAACAGUGUCAAAUCAAGAAGGCUUUGGUCGCACAUUGAUCGAGGAGACCGCUGACCAAAGCUUUGAUCUAAGUGAAAGCGAGAUGAUGUCCUUUCAGGAUAUCAGGUCAGAGCUUGAUAUGAUCCGCUCUCCUCAGACUAUUCAGCAGCAUUCCGAUACAAGCAAUGAUCAUGACAAGUCCAAAAGAAACAUUCUACCGUUUCCCUUUCGGAUAUCUAGGCCGGAGAGGAAAGCAACAACAAGCGAAUCCAGAGCAUCCUCUAUCUCCACCACAGAUAGGAGGACAAAAGAACCGAUCUCGCUUACAGAAAACAAAGAUAAAGUCAAUGACACACAAGAGUUGUCAAAACAAUUUGAGAAGUCGCACUUUGCACGUGUCAGGGCUCGGUUUGUGGUUCCAUGUAUAUUGGUGCGAGGGAAGAAUGUCUGCCGAUCGGCUACUCUGUCCAACGAAGUGGAAGUGUUUAUGCAUAGUGUAAACCAAAAACUUAAUGAUCUAAAUCAAAAACGGAAGAUGUUUCUUUACGGCACUGGCGAGAAAAGCCCUGACAAGGAGGAUCAUGAGUCAUCACUAGAAAAGCAGCGAAUGGAAGAUAUUGAGUUACUGCAUCAACUAGGGGUAACCUAUAUCAACGAUCUCAUGGUGGAGAACCGCAAAGUCAAUCGAAUUGACGCAGAACUACCUCCGUUUGUAUCUGACCCACAUUGCCGAUGACACGGUUGAUAUCGAUCUCGCAAGUAGAUCCAGGAGCACCACUGGAUCACCGUCCCACCCCUUGAAAGGCCUGUUAAUUCAUUGCAUAUCA